AUGGAAGCAAACGCAACGCACAACCCCAGCAUCCAGCCCCCAGCCGAGCCGGCCCACCAACGCAAGUCUGCCGCACAGCGCAACGCGCGCCCUCCCCCCGAGCUGCCGAUUGACGACGGCCUCGUCCUGCGCAGAUGGAGCCCGUCAGACGCUGCCGCACUCCACUCCGCAGCCAGCAGUUCCCUGGACGAGCUCGCCAGAUGGAUGCCCUGGGCCGCCGACGGCUACGGCCGCGAGCAGGCGCAGGGCUUCCUCGAGUUCACCGCCCAGGCAUGGGACUCGGCAUCCCAGCUCGACUACGCCCUCGUCGUCGACGGCCAGCCAAGCGGCUCGUUUGGCCUGAUGAGAGCCCGGAGCGGGAGGGCGGAUGCCCUCGAGGUGGGCUACUGGCUUGCCACGAGGGCGACCGGGCGCGGCAUGGCGACCAGGGCGGUGGCGGUGCUGACCCGGACGGCCUUUGCCAUGGGCGCCGAGCUUGUGCAGAUUAGGCAUGAUGCGCUGAACGUGAAGAGCGCUGCGGUCCCUCGUCGCCUGGGGUUCACGUGCGUCGGCGUGUCCGAGGAAGAGGGCGGCGUUGUGCUGUGGCAGAUGGAAGCCAGGUCGGAACUGCAUCGUGGCGUUGGCCUGGAAGCCUCCGAGCCUGUUGAGGGCUCUGCUGGCGGUUCUGUUGAAUUAUGUACGGAGUACUCCGUACCUGAGUUAUGA